CAACAAAUCACACUUGGCAAUUGGCGCUUAGCAGUUAGCACGGCUGUCUUACUGCCUUUCACGCCCUCCUUAUAAUAUUUUCUCCAGAGCAUCUCCUUACUUUUCUCUCCUCUAAACUUCUCUGCUUUCUCCUUCUCUCGUCUUCUUCAGAUCCUCUUUACAAGCUACAAGAAUGUCAAAAACUGGAGCUUUUGAUCUAGCCACUGGCGUUGGCGGAAAGAUCGAGAAAGACGAUGUUCUUUCCGCCGUUGACAAGUAUGAGAAAUACCAUGUCUACUAUGGAGGUGAAGAAGAAGAAAGAAAAUCCAACUACACGGAUAUGGUCAACAAGUAUUAUGAUCUGGUUACUAGUUUCUACGAGUUUGGCUGGGGAGAGUCUUUUCAUUUUGCUCACAGAUGGAAUGGAGAAUCUCUGCGUGAAAGCAUCAAACGCCAUGAGCACUUCCUUGCUUUGCAACUAGAACUGAAACCCGGACAGAAGGUGCUGGAUGUAGGAUGUGGUAUUGGAGGACCACUCAGGGAAAUUUCUAGAUUCAGCUCAACAUCUGUGACAGGGUUGAACAAUAAUGAAUAUCAAAUUACAAGGGGGAAGGAACUGAACCGGAUUGCAGGGGUUGACAAGACAUGUAAUUUUCUCAAAGCUGAUUUCAUGAAAAUGCCGAUUCCAGAAAAUUCUUUUGAUGCAGUAUAUGCCAUUGAGGCAACAUGUCAUGCGCCAGAUGCUGUCGGGUGCUAUAAAGAGAUAUACAGAGUGUUAAAGCCUGGGCAACGUUUUGCUGCAUAUGAGUGGUGCAUGACAGAUGCCUUUGAUCCCAAUAACCAAGAUCACCAAAAAAUUAAGUCAGAAAUCGAACUUGGUGAUGGGCUUCCCGAUAUCAGAUCAACGAGACAGUGCCUUGAUGCUCUAAAGAAAGCAGGUUUUGAGGUCAUUUGGGAGAGAGAUCUUGCACCUGAUUCACCAGUUCCUUGGUACUUGCCUUUGGAUACAAAUCACUUUUCUUUGAGUAGCUUCCGUCUAACUUCUGUGGGACGUUUCUGCACGAGAAACCUGGUCAAGUCUCUAGAAUACGUCGGACUUGCUCCAAAGGGAAGUCUAAGAGUUCAAUCUUUUCUAGAAAAAGCUGCUGAAGGACUUGUUGAGGGUGGAAGGAGAGAGAUCUUCACUCCUAUGUACUUCUUUGUGGUGCGGAAGCCCUUGUCACAGAGCGAGUAGCUUUAGAACAUGGACUGGAUUUGGAUUAAAAGCAGCUAUGAAGCGGUUGAGGCACCUACGGUUAGUGAAGUUUCACUGUGACCAAUAGAACAAGCUUCGAUACAGUCUUGCGCAUGCAAUUCAGUACAUGUUAACCUCGAUCUAAAACGUUGCUAGCUCACUCGGAUCUUUUUCCCUCCUUUGCCUCUUGUUAACUUGGUUUACAAUUUUAGCAGGAUGUUUUUUUCACCUUAUUCUUAUACAAUGUUCAACUUGAAUAACUUUAUCAUUUAUCAAUGUGUAAUUUGCCAAAAAAAUUACUGCAGUUUCAGUCUGUUAAUUACUAGUGCAGUUGUCUUUGAAUAUUGAGUAGUGAAACAUGCUCUACCACGCGUAAAUGAAGCUGGCCAUGUUGCAUGUUAUUGUUUCA